UGUCCCUCGAACACAUGCAUUAUGAAUGAUAAUCGUCUCUUUAAGAUAACGAGCCGCCGUUUUUCGUGGAACAGACAUAUUUCAUAUCGGAAAAUUGCUCCGAUCGAUACUAAUUAUGGUGCUUAUCUCUCCGAGGACCUGCACUCAGUGCGUGCAGAAAAUUGCAAGCACUGAGCUUCUGUCCAUUACAGAAAAAGGAUAUAGACAUGAAAAAUACGGCAACAAGAGAAUUUAUAAGAUCUUGUUUUAGAGACUGCGUUGGUGGUGAUGUACUCAUUCUACAAUUUAUGGGAUUAUACUCAAUGGGUGAUAUUUUCAGGGAUAAUGAACCACGGUGGUACUACUGGGAAGCUGCUCCCUUUAUUUUUGGACUGGGAACAAUAACUCUUGCCCUUAUAUUUGAUAUUCGUAACAUAUAUGAUACUGCACAGGUGGAUUUCAUGUUAUCCAUUGAGGUGGCUGCUGCUACAUUCACCGUAGCCCUGGUUCUGUUCAAAGGAUAUCGAAUAUGGUUUCAUCGAAAGGAGCUUUACCAUCUAUUGGAAGUGUGUUACAACCGAUGGAAUAUGCAAGCAUCGCGUAAUUUUAUAACUGAAAGUGCCUUAGAAAAUGCUAAAAAAACACGACUGCUCAGGAUAUGUUAUACUCUAUCUAUCAUCGGAGCUGUUGGAUCCUACAGUUUGCGUCCUUACCUAUUGUACCUGAAAUUUCACUUUUCGCAGACCAAUGAUUCCUUCGAUUUUUCGGAAACUGUUUAUCCAGCACAUUAUCCUUUCACGUUGAAUUCAUUUACGCAGUAUUUUUUAUGUGCAACCUGGGAAAAUAUUGGCUUAUAUUUUUUAACUCUUUGGUGGAUAUCAGCAGACUGUCUUUUUGCACAACUAACGACAUAUUUUGCAGUUGAAUUCAACAUACUUGCCAAUGAGAUUCGUUAUAUAGAUCCAGCUGAGUCUACAACACUGGAUACGAAUAAAAUAAUGGCAGAACUGAAAAGAAUCGUCCGGGAACAUGUUAAAUUAUUUUCAUGUGUUCAUGCCCUGGAAGAAUGGUAUAAUCCAAUAAUUUUUGCUACCAUAUUGCUUAAUGGACUGAACUUGUGCAGCGUUCUUUACAGCCUGCAAUAUAGAAUCGCAGAAAAUAACUGGAGAGAUGUUAUAAAAAAUAUGAGCCAUGUAACUGCUGUAGUUACGCAAACUGUUCUCUUUUGCUCAUAUGCCCAAUCGUUGAGUGACGAGAUUAAUGGAUUCCGUCAAGCCGUUUAUGGAUGUUCUUGGACGAAUUUCAGUUUAACAACCAAAUCAGUGAUCUUACUCAUAAUGAUCCACACGGAACAUGAGUACAAGUAUUCGGCGUAUGGAUUACUUGACUUAAAUAUGCCCCAGGCGACGACGAUAUUCAGUACAGCUAUGAGAUUCUUCACACUCUUACGAAGUAUCACUCAUAAAGAUCAUAUAUAAAUUCGUGCAGGGAAAUAAAGCAAGUGCUUGACACAUAUUCUUAUGUAAAUAGCCGACAGGUAAUUGCUUUUCGCAAACUGACCUAAGCAUAUCCUUUCUACUAGGUUUGUAUCCCUUUGUACGAAGUUGAAAAUGUUGUGUUAGUUUCUCCUUUAUUUUUAAAUAAAUAACUAAAAAUCUAACAUGAGUGAAGCCGAAAGAUAUUGAUAGACAAUCGUUUGUUGUUCAAUAAAUUAUUUGUCUAGUUAUUGUUUACUGCAAAGUGGGGGGCACACAGACGUCACGACUUGCAGGUGCCCUUUGCUCACCCACCGACCAUCGGUAAUUCCAACUAACUGCAAGGGUGACCUCUGUGUACCAUAAGGGGAACCUUCACGCCCACAGCGUAACCAAGGUCAGGGAACGGUCUCUUUGAAAUUCGUUUAAAAAAACUCGAAAUUGAUAGCGUUUUUCCUACGAUAAAUCUCUAAUAAUCA